AUGUGUUCGUCUCCUCAUUUGUCUCAUGCAUGUGCGAUUGCACAUUUCAGUACUAUCACAAGCAUGAAAACUCCACAAGCGUCAAUGAUAACAAACAAACAACAUGAUCCACCACCACCACAACAACCACAACAACAACACGACGACGACGAUUCUCCUCGAAGAGAUACCAACAAUAGCCUCCUUCUCCAUUCAGCAGUAGUUCUGAACAAUCAACGAAAGAGUCUUCCAUCUCCACCGAGAGGAACAACAACAACAGACAUGUCCUUUUGUUCCUCUUCUUCAACCCAUUCAUGUGGAAGGGUGGUUGAUCUUGAACCACAAAAAGAACCCUCUUGUUUCUCCACUACCACCACACAUGUCGAUGCACACUCCACAAAAUCAACUACAAACAUUCAUCAAGAAAAGUUGUUGGAGAAUACACAAAUCCAACAACAAAAAGAAACCUCAUCACCACCUUCGCCACUUCUUCUGCUGUUGUCAACAACCAACAACACACAAAUGCAAAGAUCAGGACAACAACAGGAUCGACCAAACCCAUCGACAACAACACCACCUCUACCAACCUUUCGAGUGGAAUCUUCUUCUUGUGUGAGUAAUAAUAACAUAUCAUUUCACACAACUUCAAAGACUUCUUUAUUUGAUCAUCAACAAUUAGAGCAUGUUCCAUUACCACUCCUACAUCAGCAACUGUCUCCACCAAAGACCACAACAAAAGAUCCAUCCAAGAUCCAAAGAUGCAAAAGUGCCGGUAAUCUCGGUGCUGAAAUCAAACAAAGUCCUUCCUCACGACCUCUUUCUUCACCUCUUUCACCAUCACCUCAACAACAUGCAAACACCACUAAUACCGCUCUUGUCAUCGACAAGAACUAUUUGGACCAAUAUGGCUCAAGAAAAGAUCCACCACCAUCCAAUUUGUCAUCAUCACCGUCUCACCACGAACCAGAAGGUCUCACAACUCGUUUCCGGACCGUUCCCAAAAACCACAAAAACAACCUUCCUCCAAAAACAUCCUCUACCACCACUACAGGCAGUCACACGAGUCGCCUCUCUCCUCCACAUUCUUCUUCAGUAAUUGAUUGGUCUUCCAUGCAUGAAGAAAAAGCAAACACGAUCUUUCAUGCUGCAUUUAGUAAGCAGCAAGAGAGAACACGCACCACAUCGUCCAUCAUUCCCUCCUUACAUCAAGAUUCUGCAUUUCAAAAUAAUCCAUCUUUGUCACCCUCUCAUCAUCAUCAGCAGCCUGCCAAUGCACAUGUAUCGACGACAACAUUAACAUCAAUGAAUCCUUCAAAUGUUGUUGUUAUUGAUUCAUCAAGCAUGAUCCAUGCAUCCAAUGAUGAUGAUAGUGGUAGUAGUAGUAGUAGUAGUAAUAGAAACAUGAUCAAGAGUUCCUCGCCAUGCAUGUACUACUACUACUCAUCACCACAACCACCGACAUCCUUCUCCUCUUUAAGCAUGAUAUCAUCACAACAUGAGAAGGUUGUGAACAUGCCCACUCCCUCAUCAUCCUCAUCCACAACAUCAUCUCCUUCAAUGAUCAACCUUCCGUCCACAACAUCUCCUUCAAUAACAACAACAACAACACCACCACCACCAAUCACAACAACAUCAGCAUCCACAACAACAACAUCAUUGAGCACUAGAAGGAAACAACCACUACUCGCAAGUUCAUCUACACAUUCACAUUCCUCAAUCAUUGGAGGAAAUCCCUCUCCCUACGAAACACAUGUUUUAUUUAUGAGUAAUGAACAUGCAUCAUCAUCAUCUCUUCACAAACGAAAAACACUCAUUUCUAAAAGUGAAUUAUUAAGAGUAUUGCAUUUACCUCAAACUCAAGCAAGUACUGUAUUGAAAUGCAGUUUAUCGACAUUGAAACGACGGUUUUACGAAUUGAAAGAUGAAUUGGGGAUGGAAAAAUGGCCUCAAUUUUAUGAUGAAAUUCGACAUUUACCAAUUUUUCCAUUGGUUUAUCCCAUGUCUUUUCAGUUUAUUUUCAAUCCACCAAAAAUUUCAUCGAAAAGAAAGAAACGAAACGUCUCAAAGAAUGUUGGAAAUGCAUCGAUCUUUUUUGUAGAUGGAGGAGGAAAUGAGGAAAUUACCAAAGAAUGGUCACAACAAGUCAUUUCAGAUGAGGAAGUGAGAAAUCAUUUUUUUAAGGUCUGCAUGGAAAUGGCAGCUUCGAGUCAUGUGACUUCUGUUGCUUCUUCAUCGACAAGCCCAAAUGGUUGA